AUGUCCCUCCCCGUCGGCUCGCCGCCGCCGCCGCCGACAUCGCCGCCGUACACCGGCAUCCUCGCCGCCCUCCACCGCAGCAUCGCAGGAGGCCACGCGGCCGCCGCGGUGGCCCUCCUCCCGGAGCUCUCCCGCGCCGGCCUGCGCCCGCCCUUCCCGCUCCUCUCCUCGCUCGCCCGCCUCCUCCUGCUCCGCCGCGCCACGGCGCCGUGCUUCCCCUCCCUCGCCGGCCGCCUCCUCCUCUACGUCCGCCUCGCCGGCCUCAAGAGGCUCGUGCCUUGCUCCACCCAGCUCGCCAACCACCUCCUGUCGCUCAACUUCCUCCUCCGCCGCCCGCGCGAUGCGCGCCGCCUGUUCGCCAGAAUGCCCCUCCCCGACGUCUGCUCCUACAACGCCAUGCUCGCGGGGUACGCCCGCCUCGCGCUCGCGGCCCCCGCGGCCGAGGUGUUCGCCGCCAUGCCACACCGCGACCUCCUCUCCUAUAAUGCUACUCUGCUCGCGCUCGCCGGCGGUGGUGAGAUGCAGAAAGCCGUGGCGCUCUACUCCGAGCUCCGCGGCACGUCGACUUCACUUGGGUACAGUGAUCAAACCUUCUUGGCACUCCUUGUAGGCUGUGAGAAGCUUGUGGACAGGGAGCUUGCCAGGCAGCUCCAUGGACAUCUGAUUCUUCAUGGGUUCUUGUCAGAUAUCAGGAUUGCCAGCUCCCUCGUUGAUGUGUACACCAAAUGCGUAUGCAUUGCAGAUGCAGAGGAUCUGUUUAAUGAGAUGCCUGUGAAAAGUGAGCGAAUGUGGACGACACUAGUUUGCGGCUAUGCAGAGGAUGGCCAGCUGAGCACUGCCCGUCGGUUGUUCGAUCAAAUGCCAAAGAAGAAUAUCCUCUCAUGGAAUUCUCUCAUGGAGGGAUAUGUUCGCCAUGGGCAGGAAGCAGAAGCACUGAGCAUAUUUCAGCAUUUGAUCAAAGAGGGUGUCCACCCAGAUCAGAUCACCUUUAGUAGUUGUUUCCGUGCUUGUGCAGCUGUGUGCGCACUGAAAUGUGGGCAGCAGAUCCAUGGAAGGUUGCUAAGAACUGGUUUUUAUCCAAAUGUCAUGAUUUUGAGCUCACUCAUUGACAUGUACUCAAGAUGUGGCUAUUUGGCUGAUGCUAGACAGGUGUUCAGUCUAGCAGUUCAGGAAAAGAAGGAUACAUUGUUGUGGAAUGCGCUACUGGGUGCUCUAUGUCAUCAUGGGCAUGGGCAGGAGGUGAUAGGAUCAUUUGUUCAGAUGAUUCGAGAGAGAUGGAAGCCUGAUGCGAAUACAUUCUUGACAGUUUUGAAGGCUUGCUGCCAUUGCAACCUUGUUGAAGAAGCUAACAAUGUGCUGUCACAUGGCGUCCAAUGA